AUCCUUUAACUGCUUGUGCGCACUCGGUCAGCUGACACACUCGAAGUCAUGUGAUUUAAUUCCUUUAGGCAGAAAUAGUGAACACAAGUCGCUGCGUUUGAAAUAAAGUAUAUCGUAGUUGUAUUUUCUAUCCCGGCACGUCCAACAUGGCUUGGACAAAGUAUCAACUCUUUCUUGCGGGUCUUAUGCUCACAACCGGCUCUAUCAACACGCUAUCGGCAAAAUGGGCUGACAUGUUCUCCGCAAAGGGUUGCAAAGACUCCACUGAACACACAUUCAACCACCCGUUUGUACAGGCCGUAGGGAUGUUCCUGGGGGAGCUCAGUUGUCUGGCCGUCUUCCACAUGCUGCUUUGUCACGACAGACGAAGACCAGAGCCCAAGAUGAACACGGGCCAGAGCUUCAACCCCCUCCUCUUCCUCCCCCCUGCCCUCUGUGACAUGACCGCUACCUCCAUCAUGUAUGUUGCCCUGAACAUGACGAGUGCCUCCAGCUUCCAGAUGCUGCGUGGGGCGGUGAUCAUCUUCACGGGCCUGCUGUCGGUGGCUUUCCUGGGGCGCCGCCUGGUGGCCAGUCAGUGGACGGGCAUCUUUGUCACUAUUCUGGGCCUGGUGAUGGUGGGCCUGGCCGACUUCAUAAGUGGAAACAAGGACGACUCACACAAACUCAGCGAGGUCAUCACUGGUGACCUUCUGAUCAUCAUGGCCCAGGUCAUUGCGGCUGUCCAGAUGGUUCUGGAGGAGAAGUUUGUCUACAAGCACGACGUUCAUCCUUUACGGGCAGUGGGCACUGAAGGGUUCUUUGGCUUCUUCAUCCUCUCGCUGCUCCUCAUCCCCUUUUUCUACAUCCCGGUGGGGAGCUUUAGCAACAACCCCCGACACGUUCUCGAGGACGCGCUGGACGCCUUCUGCCAGAUCGGCCACAAUCCCAUGAUCGUCCUGGCGUUGCUCGGCAACACAGUGUCCAUCGCCUUCUUCAACUUCGCCGGCAUCUCCGUCACCAAGGAAAUCAGUGCCACCACGCGCAUGGUGCUGGACAGUCUGCGCACCGUGGUCAUCUGGGUGGUCAGUCUGGCUCUGGGCUGGGAGCAGUUCCAUGGUUUACAGGUUCUGGGUUUCAUUGUGUUGUUGGUGGGUGCAGCGCUGUAUAAUGGGCUUCAUCGCCCCCUGCUGGCCAAGAUUCCGUGCUGCGCCAACAUGGUGGAGGAAGAGGAGGGCAACCCAGCAGAGAGGGCAAGACUGCUGGAUGAGGGAAGGGUGCAGGAGGAGACUUAACUGACAUGAUGAACUUGCAACAUGCUGAAAGUGAUGGUAGGGGGAGCGGGGGUCUGACAUCGAUAUGACAACCUCGCCAUACUCCUGACCACACCGUGUGACAUGAAGACAACACAUUUCUCAGAUUACUGUACAAGACCCAGUCUUUAAAAUUGUGUUCACUCCUGGUAGUAAGUUUCAGGUGACAUGUUUAUAGGAUCUUGGAAUAGCCUUCUUUAUGGCUUGUUGCAGCAUCAGUUAAAUAUGUGUGUUAAUGGUGGCAGGCAUUUUAUAAAUCACUAAACGGUUAAGCAUAACACUGUUUUGAUAGAGUGCCAUACUGUGGUCAUUGAUAGAUACAAUCACGACUGAAAUUGUUGGCACACUUUAUAAAGAUGAGCAAAAACAACUAAAAUAAAUCAUACAAAUACUGAGCUA